UACCGCCGCCGCUGCUUCCCGCGGAAUAAUAAUAAAAGUAGCCCCCGAUAAAACGGGCCGGCCGCCUCCCUCGGCGCCCGCCUCCCCGACCCGCACGCCACGCGGGACUCACCCACCCUCCCCUUCCCUCCCCCCUCCCUCCCUCUUCCUCCCUAGGAUGCGCGCCUCCCCCCGCCUCCUCCGGCCGGAACCCUAGCCAGGCAGGCGCGCAGCAGGCGGGCCCCCCGCGCCGAUGGGGAGGCCGGGGUACCUGACGCUGCCCAUCUUGGCGGUGCUCGCCGCGAUCGGCUACGUCUACUACACCACGGUCUUCGUCGCCGUCGCCGGCUGGCUCGGCCUCGCCACGGCCGCCGGGGUCGCCAACGCCGCCGCCUUCACGGCCCUCGCCGCCGCCUGCCUCGCCACCUACGCCGCCGCCGUCUCCCGGGACCCCGGCCGGGUGCCGCCCGCCUUCCUGCCCGACGUCGAGGGCGCCGAGACCCCCGUCCACGAGGUCAAGCGCAAGGGUGGUGAUUUGAGAUAUUGCCAGAAAUGUGGCCACUAUAAGCCCCCACGCGCACACCAUUGCCGUGUGUGCAAGAGAUGUGUUCUGAAAAUGGACCAUCACUGUAUUUGGAUUAAUAACUGUGUUGGGCACGAAAACUACAAGAUAUUCUUGGUCUUUGUAUUGUAUGCUGUAAUUGCAAGCCUCUAUUCAAUGAUUCUAAUUGUAGGGAGCGUCAUUCACAGUGCUCCGAAAGAUGAACAGUUAAGCAGUGAUUCUUCUAGAACAUUGAUUAUUAUUUGUGGGAUCAUUCUUUGUCCAUUAACUCUGGCGCUGUCGGUGCUCUUGGGCUGGCAUAUCCACCUCAUAUUACAGAAUAAAACUACAAUUGAGUACCAUGAAGGAGUUAGAGCAAUGUGGUUGGCAGAAAAGGGUGGAGACCUUUAUCAUCAUCCAUAUGACCUUGGUGUCUAUGAGAAUCUUAUUUCGGUGCUUGGGCGUAGCAUAUUCUGCUGGCUCUGCCCAGUAUCAGUCAAUACAGGCAGUGGCCUACGGUUCCGUGCAUCCUAUGAUAUUUUACCAUCUACACCGCCAUGUGAUUUACAAAAGAUAGCAUUACAUUCACAUUGAGGUUAGCGGAUACUUCUUAAAACCCUCAAAUGUAAGAUAUGAGAAAAGAUACAUGCGGAUCCAGAAGUAUUUACACCUCUCCAGGGUUCCGUUUUGAGAUGGUCGUAUUUCCGGUA